AUCCAAAACAAACAUCAUCAACACUUUCAUUCUUAUUACAACGCGCUUUGUUUUCUCUCUCUUGAAUAUCAUCAUCUUCAACUAUGUCUACCUCAUCGGAAUAUUCAGAAGUUUCCGGCAACAAACCACCGGCGAAGUCACCGGAGAAAACAACUUUCUCUCAAACAUGUAGUUUAUUGAGUCAAUAUAUUAAGGAAAAGGGUUGCUUCAAAGAUCUUUCUCUUGGUAUCACAUGCAACAACAACAACACAGACCCUUCUGGUUCUUCUGAGACUUCUUCUCAAUCUGCAACAACCAUGAACUUGUUUCCAACCAUGGAAAACAAUUUGUCACAAAAGAACCUUACAACUAUGGAUUUGCUCACUCCACAAGCUGCUUUGAACAAUUCCAAUGCUAUCAAGGGACCUAAAGCUGCACAAUUGACAAUGUUUUAUAACGGUCAAGUUAUUGUAUUCGAUGAUUUUCCUGCCGAUAAAGCACAGGAGCUCAUGGCUUUUGCUAACAAAGGAAUCUCUCAAAGUCAGAACAAUUCUGUGUACACUUACACACAGAGCCAGCCUUCAUUUCCUCCUAAUUUGGUCAGAACUUCGGUUAACACAACCACUCCGAUUGUUCCUACCGUGAACAUCAUCCCUAGUACUGCCACCGGCACCGGCUCGAUGAAUGAGCACCUUCAAGUGCCUUCCAGACCUAAUCUUUGCGAUCUCCCAAUUAUGAGGAAAGCUUCGCUUCAUCGGUUUCUGGAGAAGAGAAAGGAUAGAAUUGCUGCCAAUGCACCAUAUCAAAUUAAUAAGCCAGCUGAAUCCAUGUCAUGGCUUGUGGGUGCAAAAUCAACUCAAAUUUGAUCUCAAUUCUCAGCUAUAAUUUUAAUGUAAUUUUGAGCAUUUUUGUUACAAAAAAAAAAAAAAAAACAAAUGCUACUUAGUCAGAUUUAUUUUUGCCAGAAUUUUUUAGACAAAGUUUCUGGUUAUUUUUUCCUUGACUAGAUAGCAUUAUUAAUAUUAUCAUUAUUUUUGUUGUUUAAUGCACAUGAUUAAGAUAAAUGUGUUUGUGUCAUGUUAACUUUGGCUCCAAUGGGCCUUAUCAUACAUAGAUUUUUAGCUAUUUUUCAGUAGCUGUUUGUCUAGUUACAACUCUCUGUAUUCUUUGCUAUUGGUACUGGUACCAUUGAAUUUUAUUCAUCUUAUAUAUUUGAUGCAA